AAGCACAAUAGUAAAAGCAACGUAGGCACGAACAGAAAAAGGAGUAGAAUAACAAAAGGCAGCAGCAAGGGCAGCGUGGUGGAGAGCGCCGGCAUCAGCGAGGGCGGCGAGCUUCGACGGCGAGGACGAAGAGCCCCGGCAACAGCGAGGGCUGCGAUUGCGGAGAAUCGCGAGGACGGCGAGUGCGAAGGCGGCGACCGCCGGAGGAGUAGGAAGAAAUUGAUUGUAAAUUUUGUCUUGAAAUUGAGCAGUGCCAGUCAGAGCUGGAUUCAACAAAGGUCAUCCGUGUAUCAAUGCCAAAGUGAACACCGGUAAAAUGGCUUCAUACAAAGAAUUACCAAGAACUGCUCAAAUUCGCCUUGUGAGUUCCCAUCAGGAGGUUUAUGAACCAUGUGAUGAUUCUUUUGCACUGGUUGAUGCUCUUCUAGCUGAUCGCAAUAACCUGCUGGAACAUCAUCCAUCACUGUGCAUGGAGAUAGGCUGUGGAAGUGGAUAUGUCAUCACUUCCCUUGCUCUUAUUCUGGGGCAGGAAGGUUAUGGUGUGAACUAUAUUGCGACCGAUAUCAACCCUCAUGCAGUGGAGGUGACCCGAAAGACUAUGGUAGCACAUGGGGUUGGUGUUGAGUUGGUAGUAACAGAUAUUGCAGCUGGACUAGAGGAGCGUUUGGCAGGGUUGGUUGAUGUUAUGGUUGUGAACCCUCCUUAUGUGCCUACCCCUGAAGAUGAAGUUGGUGUGGAAGGUAUUACCUCAUCUUGGGCCGGUGGGGAGAAUGGCCGGAGUGUGAUCGAUAAGAUUUUGCCGGUUGCAGACCGCCUUUUGUCAGAAAAGGGAUGGCUAUACAUGGUGACCCUCACUGCAAACAAUCCUUCUGAGAUAUGCCAACAAAUGAGAAAGAAAGGCUAUGGUUCUAAGAUUGUUGUCCAAAGAUCCACAGAGGAAGAAAGUCUCCAUAUCAUCAAGUUCUGGCGGGAUUUUGAUAUUGAAAAGGAUGAACCAAACCAAUCUGCUUCUGGGUUCAUAGGCUCCUUGCUUACACAUAUUCCUUUAUUUUCACUUUGGAGAGGCACCAAUAGUGACAACAAGUGUUGAUUGAGAAAACAAAUGAUUUCUGAUACUAGGAUGUUUUGUCUGGCAACUGUUAUGUUUGCAUUGCCAUGGCAUUCAGAAUGCUUAGAAAUACAGCGACCAAUUCCUCCUGUUAGCUGAGGUCAGCUUUGUGGAUCAAUUGACUAGCUUCAAAACAUUGUGAAAAACUAAAUUUUCACUAAAAACCACUUUUAGCAAGGUUUUUCUUAGUAGCUUCUUCUAA